UUCAUUCUUAUCUUUCGACUACCUUUUAAGUGAACAGGAAACGGUCGAUAUGAGAUUUUUGGUGCUUCUCUUAGUAAGUGUGUGCAUUGUAUUAUUAUGCACCUAUACCUACGCUGAAAGUAAAAUGGAUAUAGAAGCACGUCACCACCAUCAUCAUGGGCAUCAUCAUGGGCAUCAUCAUGGACAUCAUCAUGGACAUCACCAUCACCAUGGGCAUCAUCACCAUCAUGGUCACCACCAUCACCAUGGGCAUCAUCACCAUCAUGGACAUCAUCAUCAUCACGGCCAUCAUCAUCAUCAUGGACAUCAUCAUCACCAUGGUCAUCACCACCAUCAUGGCCACCACCAUGGUCACCAUCAUCAUCAUGGACAUCAUCACGGACAUCAUCACGGACAUCACCAUGGACAUCACCAUGGACAUCACCACUAA